CUUAAUACAUAAUAUUGAUAUGCGACGCUCAUCGCGGGGAAUUUUGGUGCAUUCUUUGUAUGUAGUUGUCGCAUAAGACUUAUACGCCUUCUUAUAGUCCAACAUAAAGGGCAAGCUGAUAAAAUACAAUAAAAUUCAAGUCAUACCAUAAAAAUAAGGAGACAAUGUCAGGCCUCCAAGCCAUCCGAUACACACGAGGCAAGCUCGAAGUCCUCGACCAGCUAAAACUACCUCACGAGCACCACUACGAUGAAAUCUUGACAAGCGAAGAGGCAUUUGAAUGCAUAAAAUCUAUGCGAGUCAGGGGCGCCCCAGCUAUUGCCAUUGUUGCCGCAUUAGCCCACGGAGUGGAAUUGCACGGUGGGAGUUGUGGCGAUGCGACAACCACAGACGAGACGAUAUCCCACAUCGAGUCACGUCUAGAUUACCUCUUCCAGUCUCGGCCGACGGCUGUAGAUCUUACCAAUGCCAUUGAACAUCUCAAGAACACGGUCCGGUCCGUUGAUGUAUCCGGAAAGGAAGACCACCCAGACGGACGGGAGGCAAUCAUUGAUGCAUACCUCGCUGCCGCAGAGGAGAUCUUCCGCAAAGAUACGGAGACCAAUUUACUAAUCGGCGAGCACGGCAGCAAAUGGCUACUCGAGAACGCGCCGACGAAAUCCGCGACCGGUGAGGUAUCGGUUUUGACGCAUUGCAAUACGGGAUCGCUUGCCACAUCGGGGCAUGGGACAGCGCUUGGAAUUAUCCGGAGCUUACAUACGGGUGGCCAUCUUCAUCACGCCUUCUGCACCGAGACGCGGCCGUAUAAUCAAGGGAGUCGUCUCACUGCAUUCGAGCUGGUGUACGAGGGUAUUCCCUCCACACUCAUAACAGAUUCCAUGGCAGGCGCGGUGUUUGCUACCAAGAAGGACGAGAAAAACAUUGCCGCAGUCAUUGUUGGUGCCGACCGCGUAGUGCGUAAUGGAGAUACCGCCAACAAGAUAGGCACUUACUCUCUAGCUGUGCUGGCCAAAUACCACGGAGUGAAGUUCAUCGUAGCGGCACCGACAACGAGCAUUGACCUGCAAACUGAAAACGGCGCCGGAAUCAAGAUCGAGGAGCGGAACCCGGAGGAGCUGACGCAGAUCAGCGGAGCUGUAGUUGGAAAAGAUGGGAAGGUCGAUGUGAGUCAGACGGCGCGCAUAGCGACCGCGCAUCAAGACAUUGGCGUUUGGAACCCUGCGUUCGAUGUUACCCCAGCCGAGUUGAUCGAUGCUAUAGUUACGGAACGAGGUGUGGUCGUAAAGGGUGUAGAUGGAUCUUUUGACUUCAAAGACAUCAUGCCAGAACGAUGGGCCAAGGUUGUCGGAAACUGACAUUGGCGGAUGCCUUGCAAGGGAAAGAAGAAUAUAGAAGAAUAAAUUCCUAGCCUCACAGUUAGUAUCGAAUGUGCACCUAGCCCUGGCGACGAAUCGCAAGGUAAAGCAUCUCAUUUGGGUAUCCUAUGAUAUGUGCGAAUUAGCCGAUACG